AUGACCUCCGUCUCAAUUCCCAAGGGAACAAUCAAGCUCUCCGGGCUCCUCUUCAAGCCCUCCAAACCCUUCACCCCCAAGACCCCCGCCCUAAUCAUUGUCCAUCCGGGCGGCGGCGUCAAAGAACAAACAGCAAGCACCUAUGCCAAAAAGCUCUCUGAAGGACACGGCGUCACAACAGUUGCCUUUGAUGCCUCCCAUCAAGGUGCCAGCGAGGGCGAGCCCCGCUUCCUCGAAGACCCAAAUGCUCGAGUCAGCGAUAUCUGGAGUGUUGUCGAUUACCUCGAGCGCCUUGACACGGUUGAUCCAGGGAAAAUUGGUAUAGUGGGUAUCUGUGCUGGAGGUGGGUAUGCCGUUGCAGCCGCAAAGGCCGAUCACCGGAUAAAGUGUGUUGCGACGGUUAGUUUGGUGAACAUUGGUGACUCAGGGAGAUAUGGAUGGUAUGGACAGGAUGCACCCGCGAAGCAGCGUGAUAUCAUUGUAAAGGCUGCAAAGCAGAUCAGUGCUGAGGGUAAGGGAGCUGAGUAUGAGGUUGUGCCUUAUGUGCCAUCGAAGCUGGAGGAUAGUACGCCUGUCGAUCUAAGGGAAGCGCAUGAAUAUUAUCUUACGAAGAGGGGACAGCAUCCGCGUGCACAAAAUAAGAUGCUUUUGCGGAGUGUGCCGCGGAUUUUGACUUUUGAUGCGUUUAGUCUGGCUGACUUGUACUUGAAGCAGCCUGUGUUGUUGAUCGCGGGGGAAAAGGCUGGGUCAAGAUGGCAUACUGAAAAGUUGGAUGAGUUGAUUUCCUAUGUUACUGAGAAAGUCAUCGUGCCCGAGGCGAGGCAUGUGGACUUUUAUGAUCAGGAUGAGUUUGUUGAUCCGGCUGUGUUAAAGGUCGCCCAGUUUAUGAAAGCCAGACUUGUUUGA